AUGAAUUAUUCACGGUUGCUAAUGCUGGAAUACAGAUAUCAUGCGAUAAAGAAAAUUUAUUUUUUCCACUUAUGUCAACCAUUACUGUCAAGCACCUUACACCAUCGUCACACCACAACCCAUCGGCUGGAAUUUGGUCAGCCCACCGACAAUGUGCCGGUGGCGGAUAGAGCAGAAGGGAUCGCAUGCUGUACUGAUUGUGGACGAGUACUUUCUCAAGAUGUCUACUCAUCUGACCCCUCAUACAGAAAAGGGCCAGGAGGAGAGAGCCAGUUUGAUGGAAAUAUAAUAUUCUUCAACCCAAAGGAUCUUUCGGAGUCUUUUCAAAGGACAUUAAACAAAGGAAAGAGGCACAUCGACGAUUUGAUGACAAAAAUGGAAAUGGGUGAUGAUGCAUCGUUAAGUGGUCCAGCUAAAGCAUUUUAUCGGAUAGCACUUGAGCGUGGUUUUACUAGAGGUCGACGAACUGAUCAAGUUGCUGCAGCCUGCCUCUACAUUGCUUGUCGGGUGAAUAACAAACCAUCUUUAUUGAUCGACUUUGCCAUUUGGUUGAGUGUGAACGUUUACAUCCUGGGCGCUGUUUAUCUGGAGCUUUGCAAACAUUUAAGCCUUUCGGAGCAUCCCUUUUUCCUGAAGUCUAUUGAUCCUAGCCUUUUCAUGCAUCGAUUUACAAGUGCACUAAUGAAAGAUGGUGAUAAUCAAACCAGGGUGGUGAGGACUGCACUUCGGAUAGUUGCCAGCAUGAAACGAGACUGGAUGCAUACAGGCAGAAAACCCAGUGGGAUUUGUGGUGCUGCACUAUUCAUAUCUGCACUUUCGCAUGGUUACAGAUAUUCAAAAUCAGAGAUUAUUAAGAUCGUUCACAUAUGUGAAGCGACAUUGACCAAAAGAUUGUUCGAAUUUGGGAAUACAGAAUCUGGAAGCUUAACGAUUGAAGAGUUCACUCAGAAGGCUAAAGAAUUUGAGAGGGAGAAUCCAGCAAUUCAUGCAAGUGCCAUUAAGUCAGAUAUGAUGGAAGUGUUCUGCCAACACAAAGGAAAAGAACCUCAUUUUGCUCAUGGGCUUUGCAGGAGCUGCUACAAAGAUUUUCUUGAAUUUUCCGGAGGACUUAACGGAGGAUCUGAUCCUCCAGCCUUCCAGGUAGCUGAAAUUAAGAGAUUGACUGAAGCAUCUUCUUGUGAACAGGAAAGAUGCCCUAACAAGGCAAGUGAGGAUGUGUUCAGCAGGGAAAAAGAUGCUAUAGCAGAUCCAGAAAGUUCUUCUUUAUCCGGGAACCUGGUCACACCCUUCAAUGACAAUUUUUCUGAAGAUGGUGAUAUUCCAUCCAUUACUGACGAUACGGAAAAUUUGUCGGAUAUAGAUGAUUCAGAGGUCGAUUGCUACCUUAAUAGUAAAGAAGAAAGCCGAUUGAAGAAGAUCAUAUGGGAAGAAAUGAAUAAGGAGUACCUCCAGGAACAAGCAGCGAAAGAGGCAGCAGCUGCUGCUGCUGCGAAAGAAAUUGGUGACGCCUCAGAAGAUGUGCUAGCCGCUAGGAAACUUGCUGCUGCUGCAGGGGCUGCUGUAGCAAAAUCAAGAGAGCAACGGAAAAAGAAGAGAGCUUUGGAAGCACAGAACACCUCCCCUUUCCGAACUGCUGCUGAAGCAGCCAGUCAGGCGCUAAAGAAAAAGGGAUUAAGUUCAAAGAUCAAUUACGAUGCCAUCGACAAACUAUUUGAUGAGGAUUUACCUUCAAAACCAAAACGGCCUCGAGUUCAGUCUGAUGAGGACAACACUGAAUCUAAUGGGAGAAAAGAAGAAAAGGAGGAACAUGAAGCGACAUCGAGCUGUUUGAAUGAGCAGGAAGAGACUGAUCAAUGGGACGUGGAAGAUGAUGCUGCCCAAGAAGUAGAAGGAGAUCAAAUGUACGAUCAAAAUGAGUAUUACUAUCAAGAAGAUUAUAACGGUUUUGACGAUGAUGAUUACUACUAA